ACGGAAGAGCUGAACCGGGAGGUGGCCAUCAACACCGAGCAGCUCCAGAGCGGCAAGACGGAGAUCACGGAGCUGCGACGCACCAUCCAGAGCCUGGAGAUCGACCUGCAGUCCCAGCUCAGCACGAAAGCGGCGCUGGAGGGCACCUUGGCCGACACAGAAGCCCGCUACGGCACCCAGCUGGCCCAGCUGCAGGGGCUGAUCACCAGCGUGGAGGAGCAGCUGGCCGAGCUGCGCUGCGACAUGGAGCGCCAGAACCACGAGUACAGGGUCCUCCUGGACGUCAAAUGCCGCCUGGAGCAGGAGAUCGCCACGUACCGCCGGCUGCUGGAGGGCGAGGACGCCCA